AUGACUGAGCAGGCGUUGAGUCGGCCUAACAGCACGUUUUGGCACGAGAAGCGAUUUUCUCGUACCUUUGUGUAUAGUAUUCUCGUGAAGGACUUCGGGUCUUCAAGCCGUCCCUCGGUCAUGAAGCAUGACAGGGUGGACAGGGUGCAGUUUCCAGAUGACUCAGUGACUCAGUGGUUGGAUUGGAAGAAUUUCAAUCAAGCUAAGCCUGUGAAGAAGGCAUUGAAGCGAGUGAAAUCAGAAGAAGGAUUCCCUGGAUGCAAGUACUACCUGUACUGCAACCGGAAUUUGAAGUUGACAUACCAGGGACUGAAUCAGUACCACAAGGCUGGGGUUUGCAGGCUGUCAAAAUGGCUUCGACUUCAAGACCUGCGAACGGAAGUGCCAAGUGUGUUGAUCAGCAAUACAUAG